AGAGAUAAAGAAAAGAAACAGCUUCCUACCACACUGUUUAUUUCAGUGUCUUUAUAUUCUCCAGCAAAACCCUAAUAAGCUCCCUCCCUUUUUUCCUUGUAUAGAUAGAGUUUUUUUGUUGAUGUUAAAAAUCAAAAGCAACAAAUAAAAUUAUGUUAGAGUCUUAGAGACAUUGUAAUCUCUCAAGACUUAUUACAAGUGAAUUUCCCAAAACCCAACUUCAUUUGUCUGUCUCUCAUUCUCAUACUUCCACCCUUGAAAAUGAUCCUCAGAAAUUAACCAAACAAAAGAAGAAGAAAAAACACACACACACAAACACACAUACACUUCUAUUGAAGCAAUUCAUUCAUUCAUAGCAAACAUUGAGCUUCAGAAUGAUUGAUGGUUAUGAUCAUGAUGCAGCAGCAGACCUCUGCAGCACCCGCGUCUCACUCAAUUACUCCUCCCUCCUCCACCACCACCGCCAUUAGAUCACCUACGGCAACCCCCACACACUCGCAGCAGCCAUCGCCUCUCUCUCGCCAUGCUCUGCCUCUGCCCGCGCCACCUGUCGAUCACGUGCUGCCUAUCGCCGCUGCGCAACCUUCCAGUGAGCCUGCGUCCACAAUUCCGUGCCCACUUGCGAGGGUCCGGCUCUCCGAUAUUGCCCCGUAUGACGGUGCACCGAGCGGGCUGUAUUUGAGGGCGGUGGAGGCGCUUUCGGGGUCUCUGAUGAGGCACAAUGCGGCCGUCAUCGAAUUGGGUAGCGAGGACGCGGCUCUCUUGCGCUGCGGCUUGGAAGCUUCCAGGUUGUAUUUUAGGAGUAGAGCCCAGCUUGGUGCUGGGAAAGGAAGCCGUGGAGUUUACAUGUACAGAGCUGGCAGGGCUUUGGAAGAUUGGGACUCAUCCCCACCAUGCAUGGCUGAUAUUUUUAGGUGCAUGGGCAAGGCGGCCCAUGUUGCUUUGUGUGCAAUAGCUAGGCAUCUUCGUUUACGAAGCGAUGUUUUUAACCAUUUACUUGAUGAUACUCCCCUUCCCGCUAACGAGGUGUCCUCAUCAGUGCUUGUUGCAACCUAUUCAAAUGCUUCCAUGCAAAAUGGAAAAGGUGCUAUUGGGGGAGGGAAGCCAGGAAUGAAUGGUGAGGUUGAGAAGGGGUUGUUGACAUUGAUUUCCUCAGACAGUCCUGGUAUACAGGUGUGUGACCCCAAUGGUCGUUGGUACCUAGCAGAGGGUGGGUUAGCUCCUGGGGAUGUUUUGCUACUUACAGGUAAGGCACUCAGCCAUGCUACAGCUGGCCUUCGCCCUGCUGCAUCGUAUAAAGCUGCUUCCGAUUACUCCUCAGGCAUUAAUAAUGGUGGGAGGACAUCACUUGCAUUUAGGCUCAUGCCACAAGGUAACGCUAUAUUAGAUUGCUCUCCAAUUGCAGCAGCUGGUCAUGUCAUUCCCCAGAGCUAUGUCCCAAUAUCUGUAAGCCAGUUUAUGGAUGAUCUUUCUGCUGAGGAAGAUGUAUUGGGCAGUCGUUCUGAUAGUACUUAUGUAGCUCGAAAUAAUUUAAACAAAGAACCAUCUUUAAGAAGUGUUCUCUCAGAUCCCUUAUCCGGUGCAUUCCUUGAAGAUGCUGUGGUAGUUUCCUGUGGGCAUUCAUUUGGCGGUCUCAUGUUAAGAAGAGUCAUUGACACAUCAAGAUGUACCCUCUGCAGUACAGAAAUUGAGAUCGGGUCUCUGGUUCCUAAUCUUGCUCUGAGAGCUGCAGCUGCAGCAGUGAAGCAUGAGGAUGAUCGAAGGCUAUUUCAUAACGCGACUAUCCGAAAGCGUCGGAAAGAAUUGGGUGACCAAAUGGAUUUAUCAAGAAGACCAAACAGGGAAAAUGGAGACGUCGGUGAUGAUGGGCUUCGUGGGGUGCAGUAUCCAUUUUCUGUGAGUGAAAAAGUGGUAAUCAAGGGGAACAGGAGGACUCCAGACAAAUUUGUUGGGAAGGAGGCGGUCAUUACAUCGCAGUGUCUCAAUGGCUGGUACUUGCUCAAGAUUAUUGAAACUGGAGAGAAUGUUCGCCUGCAAUACCGUUCCUUAAGGAAGAUGUAGAACGCGCCUGCCAGUGUGGACAAUGCUCUUCACAAACCAUCGAGAACAGCAUCACACGAAAUCAUUAACUUGUUGUAGUACUAAAACCUCGAUAGAGAAGUUGCUCGUCAGUCCACCACCCCUUUGUUGUAACUUGUGUUGGAAUAUGUAACCAUAAGAGAAGUAGUGUAUUAGAAUCCGAGAGUUUCAGUUGAGCGCUUGUAAAAUGGAAAACAAUGAUACUUUUUUAGUUAGUGUUUUGGGUUUUACA